CAACCCCUUACUGCAACAACAACAACUACAAUCACGUCGUUGCACUGCUUCACCUUCGUAUUCUUGUUCAACGUUUUUAUUCCGUCGGUGUUUGUUUGCUUGGUUUGGUCAUUUUUGGUCCCGUGCUAAUGAUUUUCUUGGCAUCUUCCAGAAAACAACUACCACUCGCCUAUUAGGUAUUGUCAGUUAAUCACCCCAUUAUAAGCCUUCGAAUCCCCGGUCCGCAAUUAUGACUCUUGCACCAGCUGCUGCUAUAAAAACAAGUAGGGAGAAGGAUUUAUCUCCCGAAUCAAGGGAGAAAAAUCAAAAUACUACGGGUGACUCAACUUCGACUAUCACGGAACCUAACGAGAAAGAGAUGGAGGGCGAAUCAACAAAAGCCGAUCAAAAGUCGAAAAAGCGCAGCCUGUUUGGAUUCGGGAAAAAGAAGACCGACUCCAAGACUAUUCCCAAGUCUCCUCCCAAACCCACCUCCGAAUUUCCGAGUCCACCCGUCGUAAAAGAUGCGCCUAAACCGUCAUCAAAACGGUCAACAACCGGUUCACCAAUUCCAGCUGGUAGCCCCAAUAUGACGCCAUCUUCUCCUGGCCGGGGUCUAUACUCAUCCUCCCCACGUAUGAGUUCACCAGCUGGUUCUCAAAUCUUCGAGCGAGACGUCCAAGAGAGCACUAUCGUUAUACCCAAUUCACCAGCUAUUCCCUCCCAUAUCCAAACCGAAAACUAUAUCCCUCCCGUCCUCGAUGCAUCCUCCGAAGCCAUUACGGACGAUCGUCUCAAUCCCGACGCCGUCGAGAUUGUCACCCAUAACGCACACCAACCCGCAAGUGUUACAGUGACCGGUGCCUCUACAUUUGAUAGCGUCUCCAACCAUUCAUGGGCUGAGGAUCUAGCUGCGUUCUCUGAUAAGGAAGAGGCUGCCUCAAACUAUGGUUCUCUCGACUCUGCCGACGUUAGACGCCUAAGCUUUAUAUCAUUCGCAGACGUUGUUCAGGCAGAGCAAAUACCGCCCAACAGCAGCCGUGAUUCGAUGCACUUGGCUGGUUUGACUUCAAUUGGAUCAAGAGGGGUUAACCGUUCGCCAUCACCGAUAAGAUCGCCGGUCUCCUCUCAAGGACCCGAAACAUCACCACCGAACAGUAUCUCAGGCUCUAUCAAGGGUCUAAGCAUGUCACCUGUCAGGAAACCUUUGGGUAGUCCGACUUCCGCAGAGCACAGUCUCUCGGCGAGCGGUGGAGAUCUCAACAUAGAAACUAUGUCGCAAGCUCUGAGACGUACCGGUAGCACCGACCUCAGCGUUGCUCGAAGUCUUCCCGUCAGCCCAAUUGAAGGUCCCUCUCGCUAAUUGGACAUACACAUACAUCCAUUCAAACCUGUCUUGCACUCAAGACAACAAACUACAAGAUUGCGACAUAUUUACGGGCUGUGCCUUGAGUCGGCAACCCCCAAUUUUU